UCUCUCAAAUAACUUCCGGCAACCGAGCUGCAGGAGAGCAGCUCGGUGUUGGAUUUUAUAAGGAGAAAAAGAAUCUCAGACGGUGGUUUUGACGGCCGUUGUUCUUCUUUGAUAGCUUUUUAGCGGGAAAGAAAGUUAUUUUGGCCGUUCCGAAGAGAGGCAAAAGAAAAGGAAAUAAAGAAGAUUUGUUAUUUCUGAAUUCAAAUGGGAAAGAAGGAAACAAUUAGAAAGAAAUCUCCUCCUCCUACUAAUCAACCUGUUAAGGAUGUUUAUCCAACGCCACCUCCAUUACCAGUUAAAGCUCCGAAUAAUGGGCGGAAGAAUGGAUCAACCACAACAGGGAACAACUGUGCUUCAACUACCACCAAGGAUUUAUGGGAUGAUCUCUUUGAUGGAGGAUAUAGAGCAGACGUUACCAUCAAAACAGAUAACGGUGACAUCAUCUAUGCACAUGCUAAUGUUCUUGGCAUGGCUUCCCCAGUUUUAAGAGGCAUGUUGAAAAGAGCAAAAGGAUGUGGCGAAAAGAAACCAAUUUCCAUCCAUGGUGUUCAUCAAGAUGCAGUUCGAGUUUUUAUCCGAUUCUUGUACUCUUCCUGUUAUGAAAAUGAAGAAAUGAAAGAAUUUGUGGUGCCAUUGCUGGUGCUGUCUCACGCAUAUAAUGUGCCUCGAUUGAAGCGAGUUGUUGAAGUAGAAUUGGAGCAUGGAUUGCUGAAUACAGAAAACGUAGUUGAUAUUUUCCAGCUUUCAUUACUCUGCAAUGCACCUCGGCUAACUCUGAUUAGUCACCGAAUGAUCUUAAAGAACUUCAAGGCUGUUGUUGCUACUAAAGGAUGGAGUUCGAUGAGGAACAGUCAUCCAGGACUCGAAAAAGAGCUUCUGGAAUCAGUGAUUGAAGAAGAGAACAAUCAAAAGGAGAAAAUCAGAAAAUCGAAGGAACAGAAGAUCUAUCUUGAAUUAUUUGAAGCAAUGGAGGCUCUUGUUCAUAUUUGCAGAGAUGGUUGCAGAACAAUUGGUCCACACGAUAAGGAUUUCACCCAGAACCAAGCACCUUGCAAAUAUAGAGCCUGCAAAGGGCUCGAAUUGCUCGUUCGUCACUUCGCCGGUUGCAAAUUGAGAGUCCCCGGCGGCUGCAUUCAUUGCAAGAGAAUGUGGCGGCUGCUGGAGUUACACUCCCGUCUCUGUGCUGAUUCAAAAGUUUGUAGAGUUCCUUUAUGCAGGAAUUUCAAGGAAAAGAUAAGGAAACAAAGCAAGAAGGAUGAGAUCAAGUGGAAACUACUAGUGAAGAAGAUUUUGAGAACAAAGAGGAUUAGAGGAAGUGUAUCAUUCCUUGUGUCCUCUAAUUCCAUCUCUUCAUGACGAUCAAUAGUAUGCAGUGGGAUUUGCUACAUGACAUGACUAUCAAAGGUUCGAGAAAAAUUAUUUCAGACAUCUUACUCAUCACGUCAUUUAUGAUCUUUACUGAUAAAAACAAUUCAUUUCACUAUUUUUUCUAGUUAUCAUUCACACUCUAUGUUUACAUGGAGAAAAAAAGUGAAGAUUCAUUCUUUGGGGGAAUAAAGUGAAAAUGGAGAAAGAGAUAAAAAAACAAUAGAGUAGAGAGAAAAAGUGUGAAUAAAUGUCGGUGAUUGAUCGGAAUCAUAAAUGACGUAGUGAGAUAGAUUCGUAUAAUAAUUUUUCAAGGUAACCACACUUACUGAAGUGGCAUUUAUUUGUAAAAAAAUGUAGUUAUUCCAUUUUUCUUCUUGUAAAAAAAAGGGGAGGA